CGUCAUGCGACCUCCAACAGUAUCGCAUUACAUGGACAUGCACCAGCGUUUUUUUCUUUCUCCUACCGUCGAAAAAAAUUGUGCGGAAACUACAAGUCACGUCUUUCUCCUCGCCUGAAACAAAAAUGGCGCGUCCGGACGAGAACAAAAACAACUUCUCAGCUGACGAAACCAUCGCCAACCUUCGAUCGCACAUCACCGAUCUGGAGACCUGCGUGCAGCGGCGGGAUGAGGUUCUGGCGAAAGCCAGAGGGAAAAUCAAUCAGCUGCUGCGGAAAUUGAAACUGCGUGAUGAGAAAAUCGCCGAGCUUGAGCAGGAACUGGCGCUGUACGGGGGAAGGAACUACGCUGGCCCCGGGCAAAGGUACUACAUCAGGCGUGGUUGGCGUUUCUACUUGUGGUUGUAUCAAAGAGCAGCUGUUUUUGGUUUUGGUUUUGCACUACAUCGAUAUUAAAAUAGAACGCGUACACUUGCGACGAUCGAAGUAAGUGCACUAUGUUGAUUUUUUCCGAACAGGUUUUCUCCGCCCGGUCACGACAGCAGGAGCUACGAGCAGCGUAGCAAUUCUGCAAUCAAUGGCCUCACCGUGGACACGUCGUCUCCGCCCCCAAACACAACCAAGCCUGACACGAGAAACCCGGCAACGGCCUCCUUCCCCGACGACGACCCGUUUCGCACGCCGCGUUCGCCGAACGACAGCCCGCAUUCCCCGGUGGAGUCGUUGUUCGGCCAAACGGGGGAAAGUUCGGAUUUGCAGACGAUAAUUUCGUCCCCGCAAAAUUUUUCCACGGGGACGAGCUUUGAGACGCUGAAGAAUUCUGUGUGCAGCGCAGCGGAAAAUCUUCCACCCGGAACAAAUAGUUUUUCAUCCAGCUACAACUCGUUCGUUGCUGCGUCAGAACAUGUGACUGGUACAGCAAGAACAGCAAACCCACCUCCUGCUGACCGUGACCCGAAGCUGGCGGAGUUGCAGCAGUUGGUUGAGGAGAUGGGGGAAAAGGAGAAGCAGCUGAGUUUCGAGAUACAGGCGCUGCAAAGGGAGCAACGGGAGAACGAGCUGAAAUUUCAGCGGAUCGACGCGAAUUCCCGGUUGCAAAAUAUCAACAAUUGCGCCAGUCAGCAUUCGGAAAAGCAGGCGAAUUUGGGGAAUCUGAUCUCGGAAAAGCAGAAGUUUUUCAGCGUGUACAAGCACCAAAAGGAGAAGUUGGAAAAGAAGUUGCGGAAAGUGAGUGCUGCUGCUGGAUUUCCGGGAACUGGGAGUACUUCGAUGCCUUUUACAGGUAGUGAAAGCAAUCAGAUGCAGGUAGUAAAUAGCCAAGAGCAACAAGAACACCAUGCUUGGACAAAAUCUGCGAGCAACGUCUUGCAACAAAAUCUUCCGGAUUUGAGCCCGAUAGACCGAGUGGAUGAGUAUGAGGUUGAUGGAGAUACAUUGAUAUUCAGUGUGGAGCGUGC